AUGUUCCCACCGAAUGCACCGCCUACGGAUUUUAAGCCGGGCAUGAUUGCACUUCUCCCAACCUUUCACGGAUUAGAGAACGAGAACCCCUAUGUCCACAUCCGGGAGUUUGAAGAGGUGGUGGCCACCUUUCACAGCCGUGCUGAGGCCACAAAUACCAUCUCGAAUUUCGCUCAGAAGGAAAACAAAACUCUCUAUCAAGCUUGGGAGUGUUUUAAAGAUCUGUUAAAUCUGUGUCCCCACCAUGGAUAUGAAAGUUGGCGCCUCGUAAGCUAUUUCUACGAUGGACUCACAAUCCGAGAGCGCCAAUUUGUCGAGAUGAUGUGUAAUGGGGAUUUUCUCCAAAAGGAUCCUGACGAAGCUAUCGAGUACCUGAAUGAGUUAGCUGAGAAAGCUCUUACUGGGACUAGACCGAGUGCUACUGAGAGCACCAGUAGGUCCCGACCAGUUGGAGUUUAUCAAUUAAGGGAAGAGGACAGCCUCAAGGCCCAAGUUGAAACUUUGACAAAGCAAAUUGAGGCCCUCAAAAGUAAAGAUAGUAAAGGACCUUACAUGGUGGCAAGGACAGAGACACAUGAGCCUUAUUUAGUUUGUGGUGGAAUGGGCCACCUAACUCAGAAUUGCCACACUUUAAGUGAAAUAAGAGGGGUAUAUGAGGAGCAGUGUAAUGUAUUGGGCACAUACAAGAAGCCUUACGGACCUUUCUCAGAAUCUUACAAUCCUGGUUGGAAAAACCACUCGAACUUUAGUUGGCGAGAUUCGAACCAACAAGCACAAUCAUCUGGAGGGCAAUGGAGAUCAGAGCAACAAUCUCAACCACUAAGGACAUAUUUUGCGCCUCAGAAUAACAUGCAGCCGAAAGGGAAUUCUCUAGAGGAUACCUUAAAAGCUUUUAUGGACGCGCAAAAUAAGACGAAUCAAAGGGUUGAUUCAAUGCUCACGCAGCUGGUGGAAGAGAACAAGGAAAUAAAAAGUCAGAUCACAAAGCUGACAGAAGCUUUAACCGUUCAAGAGCGCGACACACCAUCAACAAGUACUACCACUUUGAGUAAUGAAGAAUUGGGUCAGGAGAAAGAAGAGCCAACAAAAAUUCCGGUAAAGCAAGUGCCGACCUACGCUAAGGUUAUCAAGGAUUUGUGCACCAUAAAGAGAAAGCACCACAUCAAGAAGACUGCAUUCUUGACGGAACAAGUGAGCGCGGUGAUUGAGCAGAAGACACCGCCGAAGUAUAAAGAUCCAGGUUGUCCUACCAUUUCUUGCCAGAUCGGGACACAUGAAUUCGUCCAAGCAUUACUAGACCUAGGAUCGAGUGUGAACCUCAUGCCUUAUUCGGUCUACUCGCAAUUGGGUCUUGGAGAGAUUAAGCCCACAUCUGUGGUUCUGCAACUGGCCGAUAGAUCCAUUAAGAGACCACGGGGAAUAGUAGAAGACGUUCUGUGA